AUGAAAAUCAUAAUCUGUAAUAUGAUGGAAUAGCAUUUAGAAUUUUAGGUUAAUCCAAAUGAUACAGUGCUUUAAUUGAAAUAAUUGUUCUGUGAAAAAGAAGGCUCAGUCCUUGCAAAUUGUAGAUUAACUCAUGGCUAAGAUGAAUUGCAUGAUAAUCAAACAAUCUAAUAAGCAAAUCUGAAAGAAGGAGAUAUAGUUUAUUAUAGCAUGCACCUUGGAUUUUGA